AAGAAGCUCGUAUCCUCUGCGCAUUCAUUUUCGCUCCAGUACUCUUCUCGUGAGGGGUCUAGAAGAACAGAAACGCCAUGUCCUACCCAAUCCUCUCACCCAAAGACUACACCUUCAAGCAGAUGGGUCUCAUUGCGACGGCACGCAGCGAGCCCGGCAUCCACAUUCUCUACCCGAAUGGGUUCACUCACGAAAAGGAAUGGGACAGGGGUCAAGUCAUCUUCCCGAAGGGUCUGUCAAAGUCAAUGAAAUGGAUGCACGUAAUAAAUUUCCCGGACGACAAAACGGUGAAAGAGUACCGCAUUUUUUAUGAAGGUGGAAAGGACGAAAAACAUUACGUAGACUACGUAGUCGAUGACCCAGGGUAUGGCCGCAACUUGGGUUUUUAUCAAAGCGACCCAUCGAACAACUCUGAGUACGUCUACAAGGACAGCGGAUUGAUCAAGGAGAAAGACUUCAAGUACGGAGUUUCUGUAAUCCAGCUGGAUGUCGAUCAGUCCAAUGAGAUUAUGGUGAAAUGGAACGGACAAGACAUGUGGUCGAAACGCGCCCAGCUCACCCUGGACCUCAGCAAGCUCACUUAUCACCAAUUUGGAAUGGAAGAUGAAAAAACUGUCUUUAAUGCCACCCUCCUGGAAAUUCAUGUAACCUACAAGGGAGAUGCAAGUGGUGAUGUGUUCAAUCACGGGCAAGAUUUCAUGCUGCUGAAGCAUGGGUCUACAGACACUCGCAUAAUACUGAGUCCCGGAGCUUUGCUAAUGUGGGAGGGCAAGGCAGAAACCGACGAUGAGAUCACCAUCAAGGAUAACGGCGUUCAAUUGUUCAGCCACAAGGGAAAGACCGACUCCCUGCGUGUCAUCACGAAGGUCAUGCGCGGCCAAAUCGUGACUGGGGAAGCAGGGAAGCCUCCCACGCUGGUGACUUCCACCAGAUACGACAUACCGGCCUCUGGUUCAACGAACUAUUCGGAAGUCGAAGUGAACAAACAUUUCAAGCUCACCAACUGCGUUGUGGUGACCGGAAUCAUCGGAGCACCGUGAGCCAGGAGGAGACCGCACCUACCAUUGCCUACAGUAAUUAGCGAAGACUGGAAGGCAACUUUCUCCGCACCGACGCACGACACCCCAUGGUGUCAAAAAUGUGUUUGAAAUAAACCCACAUUCGCUCUGCA